AUACCCUCCAUUCAGGAUGUCGUUUACUGACACAUGCCCUUGUUCACUAUAACACUCUAUUCAAGGAUAGGUUGAAAAGGAGAAUCCAAGUGAUAACUCUAAUAGCAGGAGAUCUGUUGGCAUGGGAACAAGGGCGUGUGUCAGGACAUAAUAGAAUGGAAUGGAAUGUACCCCAUGUCUAAUGGUGACUCCCCUACCUGGCAGUCAGUAACUCUUCAUAUGUGAUGACCAAGUCCGUUUCCCUGAUGGUUUACGGUGGCACCAAAAUAAAACAAAAUGAUAAUAACUAAACUUUGAUGUAGAAAAUUACUAAAUUAAAAGUUUAUUUUCUCAGGAAAAUGUCAACACACUUGAUACAUCUAUGUAUUCGAAUUUUUUACAUGCAAGACAUGAUCAUCAAAUCUGGUUGAGCCGGUCUUUCUUUACCUGGAAGAGGCUCAAAGGAAAAAGAACAAGCUCUCUGGCCUCAGGAAACAGAACCAUUAAGCCCCUGUCGGUGUCUCUGUCAUGAAUCUGAUCUAACUCAUGUUCUGUCAGUCCUGUAACUGACCAAAUCAUUACCAAUCAACGUUCUCAUAAAACUCAUACUAAUUCCAACCAUUGCCAAAUAAAAAUAUGUAAAAACUGGUUUUGAAUUUGAAUGUCAAAUGCCUGGAUAGAUGUUAACUCUAACACUGGCUUUAAUUGUAAUUUUGCCUGUUUGCAAGAAUAUUCUUCUGAUGUUUAGUUUCAUGUUGUAGCAGUUGUAGAAGGUGGCGGUAAGUUUGACUCUGGUGCCCCCUGCUGUCUGUAUAAAGCAGUGUUAGUUGGUUAGGAUACUAAGUAUUAUUGUUCGUUGGUUAACCGUCCUGGGUGGCACAUUGGCCAAAUUGUCCCGUAAGCCCUAAAACCAUGUACAUUAACAGAGAUUGGAGCCUAGUUUGAGAGACAAUGAUGGAUAUUUCACCAAUCCAACCGGAAAGGUGGGUUGUAAUCUUGAUGGAUUUGGCUCAGAGGGCAUGUUGUCCCUGGGUGUAGUCCUCCUAAUGGGUGAUGAGGCUCCAGGGCUCUUUGGCACAACAGACAUGUUUUUGUUGCUAGGGGAACCGCUGACAUGUAUUCAUGUCCUCAGAUCUCCCAGACGGUUAGUUCACCCCAGUCAUAUUGUUGGUAUUCUGAUACAACUCAGAGGAGAAUUGUCAUAUAAAGACCAUUCAGGUUACUACUUUUUCACAAAGCCUCUCCAUUUUCUGCUGUGAAAGGUUUCUGAGAUGAGUCAUUUUCAUUUCUCAAUUCCUUUGACUUCCCAAAACCCCUCCCUCUACUACUCUCUAACUCCCUUGGCCAAUCCAGACUCGGACAGCCUCUCCAGCCUCACUCAGCAGAGCCUAUCAGAUGGAGAGGAGCAGCUGGACCGCCUCCACCAGGCGGAGCUCACUCGGAGCACGCCCAUAUCCCAGUGGAGGGCAGGGGUGGUGCAAGCCUGGCUGGAGGUUGUCAUGGCAAUGCCCAUGUACGUCCGCGCUUGCUCCGAGAACAUCAAAAGUGGCAAGGUGCUGCUGGGUCUGACAGAUGAGGACCUGGAGCUGGGGCUGGGCGUCAGUAACCCCUUACACCGCAGGAAGCUACGCCUCGCCAUCGAGGACUACAGGAAGGCGGAGGGACACCUAGAGCUCUCCAAGGCCGCAGAGAUGGACCACCACUGGGUGUCCAAGUCCUGGCUGAGCGACGUGGGCUUGUCCCAGUACUCCCAGUCCUUCCACAGCCAGCUGGUGGACGGCCGUGUGCUCAGCACCCUCAGCAGGAGGGACCUGGAGAAACUUCUGAACAUCAGCAGCCAGUUCCACCAGACGUCCCUCCUCAUGGCCAUCCAGCUCCUGCAGAUGCUCAGCUUUGACAAAGACGCUUUGCAGGCCCGCCGGACCAGGUGUGAGAAGCAGGACAUCGACCCCAUUGUCUGGUCCUGCCAUAGAGUCAUGAAGUGGAUCAGAGACAUAGAUCUGAAGGAGUAUGCAGACAGUCUCCUGAGUAGAGGAGUCCACGGAGCCGUGAUGGCCUUAGACCCGUCGUUCAACCCUGAGGUCAUGGCCAGGUUCCUGGGGAUCCCCGUCCACAAACACAUGCUGCGUCUUCACCUGUCUGAGGAGAUGAAGGUCCUCGCCAUCCCUCUCAGGAGCAGCAAAGAGGAGGAUGACGAGACUUUAGAGCCCCUUCCACAAUCCCCUGCCCUUUCUGGCCGCUACAAAGAGGAAAGACUGUCAGGAAGAAGAACGUCCGGCAAGAGUCCUCUGCGGUUGAGUGGAAGGAGCAAGUCAGCUGAACGGAACGUGGUGUUCCAUAGCAGCUGUGGAACUCUGCCCAGAGAGGCCCAUGUGCAGGCUGUGCCCAGGGCCAAGGGUAGCCCCGUGCUUACCUACAAGACUGUGGAGAUCACCAACGUGUAAACAUACAUCGUGUUUGAACUUGGACUGGUUACCAACCAGAGAGAAACGCUAUGGAAACAAAGACUUGUCAACUGAAGGCAUAAUACACACACUCAUCUGUUCAUUUACCCUGUUGUUUGCAUCUCAAGAGGUCUGAAGUUGUUUUACUUAUGAUGGAUGCAUGGACUUGAUGCCUUAGCAAUGUAAGAUGGGGAGAAUUGUAUAACCAAGUAAACACCAUGAUGUAUAUUGUAUAAUGUACAUCCAGUUAGUACACCCACCCUGCAGUAUGUCUAUGGUCAAUGCAGGGUGUAAACUUAACUGAAGAGUACUUUUCAACACUUGCUCAAAUAUGAGAAACGCUAAAAGCUUAAAGUCAUUCUGAACUAACCAUAGUUCAUGUUGUUACAUCUAAAAGGUCUAACCACUGUCCGAAUCUAUGUUUUCCCAAUCAGAAACAUACAAAUUCAUUAUUUAAUUCAAAAACAUUUUUUCAAUUAAUUGCAAGCUUUAGCUGAAAAUUAUACUCUUCCUCUAAUCAGUCAAAGUUUACCAAGCUUGAAACAAGCAUUGUGAUGUGUUUUCCGUAUAUAUUUGUAAUGUAUUAUUCGCAUGAAUAUCAAAGACAAAAGUGAAAAACAAGCUUCCAGUUCCACACUAGAAUGGCAGGGCCAGACACUCAUGUUGAAUUCCCUUUAUAAUGAACAGUUGGGUCAGCUAAGUGCACCCACAGAUGUAGUUCAUUCAAGGGGAGCAGGAGGAAUGGUAGGAACUUCUGGGAGACAGCAAUAGUAGUUUCACUACAACAGGAACUUGGUCCCAAUCACCACACUUCCACACACCUUAUUGUCAUGCUGAGGGGUAGGAACAUUAGGCCAGUCCAAACGUCUAAUUUAUUGUGAUAUGUGGGCAAAGAAACACUUGCUAUAGUACUUGCCAUUAUGUACUGUGAAUGAACUUAUGGAAAACCCAAUAGGUCCAUGAGUUGAGAGUCUAAUUUGCUUAACACGUCUAUGGCAUAAAAACUGAAUGAUUGUGUAAAUGUAUAUUAUAUAUUACAGUUUUACUUUACAUUUUUUACUGUUUAAUUUAAAGCAAUGUAUAAAUAAUGACAAAUAAUGAGAAAUGUGUCAUUGUUUUCUAAAAUGGAAUAGAAAUGUAUGUUUAAAACAUUUGUAAGUUUAUUGAACCGUAGAUAAAUACUUCUCAUGACAUACUGAACAAUAGAUAUACAAUAUUUCAAUCAGAAGAUCUCUUUUCUGUAACCUAAAACGUAUAUAACGAAGUUGAAUAUCUUGUAUCAAUUAAUAAGGCAUUUCUAUUUAAAUCACAACAGUUCUAUAUCGUCAUUAAAUAGAGUAUUAAUCAAUGAUAUGAUUAUUAUCAAAUAAAUU